AAUUCCAGCACAGCAGAGUUUUUGUGUGUUUCUGGUAAUCACUGGAAGGCCCACAUUCCUUUGUCAGAGCACUGGUCUCAUUUUUGUUUCUGAGAAACAUUCAAAACAGCUCGAGCUUUGUGAGGAGGUGGACAUAAAGAACAACAUUCAUGAUACUGAUGAAAUGAGAGUGAAGGAUUACGUCAUAUCUGUCAGCUACGCAGAUGGUACAGUGAGUUUCCCAUUCUGCUGCAUGCCAAAGAUGCCUGAUGAGUGACUGAGUGGCAGGACUGGUUCAGAAAACAGUCUGAUGGAGGGUGAGACUUCUGACUCAUCUGAACCCAGCCAUAUGUCUGUGAAGACUGACUGGUCAGUAGCUCAACCAUGGAACAUGAAAGAUAAAAACAGUUUCACUGACCUGAGCUUGACAGAGAGGUUAGACUCACCUGAACCAAGCCAUGUGUCUAUGACGAGUGAAACCUCAAUAGAUCAACCAUGGAAUUUCAAAGCUAAUAAUAGAGACAGUUCACCAAGCUUGACAGAGAGGUUAGACUCACCUGAACCAAGCCAUGUGUCUAUGACGAGUGAAACCUCAAUAGAUCAACCAUGGAAUUUCAAAGCUAAUAAUAGAGACAGUUCACCAAGACCUCAAGAGGAGAAAUCAAAAAUAACCAGCAGAUAUCAACAGGAAUCUAUGUUCAAGGAGUUGGAGCAUAAAGCCUUCACUCUCCUGAAGAAUGAACUGAAAAAUAUCCAGGCUCUGCUAAAUUCAGAUCACACAUCCUGCUCUGAGAGGGAAGUGGAUGAUGAUGAGGAUCAGAGCUCUGCCAGAGAGGGUGUACAGAAGAUCCUAAUGCACCUACUGAAGAAGUUAAACUGUUCAGAUCUUGCCAACACAGUGCAGACCAGGCUGGACAAUAGGAUUCAUAAAAAAAUUAAAUCCAAAAUAAGUGAGAAAUGUAAAAUCAUUAAUGAAGGAAUCUCAAAGCCUGGAAGCUCAGCACUUCUGAAUGAGAUCUACACAGAGCUCUACAUCACAGAGGGUUGGAGUGAAGACAUCAAUAAAGAACAUGAGGUAAGACAGAUUGAGACAGUGUCCAGGAGACCAGCAACACAUGAGACACCCAUCAACUGUAAUGACCUCUUUAAGGACAAGUCCAUCAGAACUGUGCUGACUAAAGGAGUUGCUGGAAUUGGAAAAACAGUCUCUGUGCAGAAGUUCAUUCUGGACUGGGCUGAAGGAAAAGCUAAUCAGGACAUCACCUUCAUGUUUCCACUUCCCUUUAGAGAGCUAAAUCUGAUGAAGGAGAAAAAACUCAGUCUGAUGAAACUUCUACAUCACUUUUUCCCAGAAAUUAGAAAUCUAGAAUUAAUAGACUGUGACUUCUACAAAGUCCUGUUCAUCUUUGAUGGUCUGGAUGAGUGUCGACUUCCUCUAAAUUUCCAGAAGAAUGAGAGAUUGUGUGAUAUGACAGAGUCAGCCUCAGUGGAUGUUCUGCUGACGAACCUCAUUAAGGGGAAUCUGCUGCCCUCUGCUCUCCUCUGGAUAACAUCUCGGCCAGGAGCCAAUCAGAUCCCUCUUGAGUGUGUAGACCAGGUAACAGAGGUACGAGGCUUUACUGAUACUCAGAAAAAGAAGUACUUCAGGAAAAGGAUCAGUGAUCAGAGCCUGGCAAAUAAAAUUGUCGAACAUGUUAAAUCUUCAAGAAGCCUCUACAUCAUGUGCCACAUCCCAGUCUUCUGCUGGAUCUCAGCCACUGUUCUAGAGAGAAUGUUUGGUGAAGCAGAUAGUGGAGAGAUCCCCAAGACUCUGACUCAAAUGUUUACACAUUUCCUGAUCUUUCAGAUCAAACACAAGGACCUAAAGUACCAUCAGAAAUGUGACCCUGAUAUGCAGCAGACCAGAGAGACUAUCUUGGCGCUGGGAAAACUGGCUUUCCACCAGCUGGAGAAAGGAAACCUGAUCUUCUAUGAGAAAGACCUGAGAGAGUGUGGCAUUGAUGUCAGAGAAGUGUCACUGUACUCAGGAGUGUGUACCCAGAUCUUCAGAGAGGAGUUUGGUCUUCACUUGGGGAAAGUGUUCAGCUUUGUACAUCUGAGUGUUCAAGAGUUUCUGGCUGCUUUAUAUGUAUUUAUUACCUUCAUAUUAGACAACAAAAUUGUGAUAGGGGAGGAAAGCACUAAGAUUAUUUAUAUCUUUAAAAAACCAAACAUCUCUGACCUCCUGAAGUGUGCAGUGGACAAGGCCUUACAGAGUGAGAAUGGACACUUGGACCUGUUCCUCCGCUUCCUUCUGGGUCUCUCACUGGAGUCCAAUCAGACUCUUUUACAAAACUUACUGCCACAGACAGUACGUAGUUCUAAUAACAAAAAGGACACGGUCAACUAUAUCAGGAGGAAAAUCAGAGAGAAUCCAUCUCCAGAGAAAUUCAUUAAUCUUUUCCAUUGUCUGAAUGAAAUGAACGAUAAUAGACUAGUGAAAGAAAUUCAAAAUUACCUGAACAGAACCAAUAAAAGUGCUCUCAGUGGAACCAGACUCUCUCCUGCUCAGUGGUCAGCUCUGGUGUUUGUAUUACUGAGCUCGCAGGAGGAACUGAAGGAGUUUGACUUGAUGAAAUAUCAUCCAUCAGAAGAAUGUCUCCUGAGGUUGCUCCCAGUGGUUAAAACAUCAGUUCAAGCUGUGAUGAGUAUGUGUAACCUGACAGAGGAAAGCUGUACAGCUCUGUCCUCAGUUCUCAGCUCAAAGUACACCAGUCUGAGAGAACUGGACCUGAGUAUGAAUAACCUGCAGGAUUCAGGAGUGAAGCUGCUCUCUGAUGGACUGAAGAAUCCACACUGUAAACUGGAACUACUGUGGUUGUGUAAAUGCAAUCUCACAGAGGAAAGCUGUGCAGUGCUGUCCUCAGUUCUCAGUUCUAACUCCUCCAGUCUAAAAGAAUUGAACUUAAGUGGGAAUAAACUGUAUGAUUCAGGAGUAAAGAAGCUCUCUAAGGGACUAAAGGAUCCAAACUGUAAACUGGAGAUACUCUGGUUGCGUGCAUGUGAACUUCAAGAGGAAAGCUGUGCAGCUCUUUCCACAGUUCUCAGUUUGAACUCCUCCAGUCUGAGAGAACUAUAUCUGAGGAGCAAUAAACUGGAAGAUUCAGGAGUGAAGCUGCUCUCUUUGGGACUGCAGAAUCCACACUGUACUCUGGAGAAACUGGGGUUGGUAGGGUGCAGUAUCACAGAUGAAGGAAUUGUAGCUCUGGUUUCAGCUCUGAGAUCAAAUGCCUCAUCACAGCUGAAAGAGCUGGAUCUGUACGGAAAUAAACCUGGAAACUCUGGAGUGACUAAGCUGAAAGAUUUACUGCAGGACCGAAACUCAAAAUUGGAGACUUUAGACAUCAAUACAUAACUAUUCUGAUGUGGAAUGAAGUUCAUGCACAGGAUUAUGACUGUUUUACAGUGCAAAGACAUUAUGUGAAUUCACAAAAUUUGUGAACUAAUCUGGCUUCAAAGCAGGACAUUCCACAGAGACUUCCCUUUUGGCUGUCACUGAGACACUACAUGCUGUUAGAUCAGCCAAACUGUCAUUACUCCUCAACCUUCCAGUGUUUGAGACAGUUACCCACCCGACUCUCUGGUCCACCCUCACGAUUCUUGGAAUUCGUAGCACAGCAUGGCAAUGGAUUGCUUCUUACCUGGAAAGUCAGUCACAUCAGGUGACAAGGAUGAAAUGGAGAACUCUGCACUGGUGUCUACUUCUGUUCUCCCUCUGCUCAAUGGCAAUGACUGAUGUUUGAUCUAGAUACAGAUUACACUCAACUCAUUCUCUCCUUCCCUCCCUCAGACACAUAAUUCUGUCCAGAUCUCAGCAUGUCUGGCAGACAUCUCAUCACUGAUAAACAACACAAAGCAGCCACCACAAAGUUCUCCCACACCACCCCUUUGCUACAAUCCCUCUACUAGCAUCCUGUACCCGAUGCAACCAAUUUAAUACGCUGAUGUUUUUGGCUUCAUAGCUGCUCCUACAAGGCCAAAAGACUGACCAGAACCCAGUUAUCUCAAAACACUUAUUACACUCUGCCCUGUACCAUGAUCAUGAUGAGACAGCCAGUGGUAUUCAAAUAACCUCUAAAGUUCUACCUCUUCCUGUAGUACAUAAACAGGCACUUUGAAACUUUAAAAGAGGUGUCUGUAUCCUUUUCUUGCUUUAUUACCUUCUAACAGAGAUGAUAGACUGAUUGUGUGUAUUUGUAGACUGUGACACUUAAGAGCACUUUUGUAAGUCACACGCAAUUUCACCAUUUAUAAUUAUACUUUCAGAGAUUAUGCUUGUGUAAACCUACAUAUACUGGAAACUUGUGAUCCAAUGUGUCCAACAUGGUUAAACAAAAAAAGCAGUUCAACAUAAUAGUACUGUAAUAUUUAUUGAUAACUUGUACAAUAUUAUCUUCUGGCUUUAACACAAUUUUGAAAAAAUCUUUUUAAAAACUUUUUUUUUCUAAACAAGGUGACAUUUUUAUUAACAUGUAAUAAUAAAAAACUUAGGUUUUUUAGCUCACCUAUUGCAGUUACCGUUAGGUAAAUAGUGUAAACAAAAAUGAUGUUAAGCUUAGGGUGUAAAAUAACCAAUAUAAUAUAAUCAAUAUAUAAUAUAUAAUAAUCAAUAUCUUUCCAUGUAACUGUUCUUGUUGUAAUUUAACCCCUUAACCUCCUGGGAUGUUAUUGGGAAUUAUUGAAAAUUAUUUAAUAUUUAAAUAAAAAUGUAUAUUGAUAUAAAUAAAUAUA